CCGCCAAAGAAUCUGGCCACACUGCUUGCCCAAUGUAAAAUGUCAGUCAAAACAAGACGCAAACUCACACACACAAACACAGACCACCUCCCCCACAUUGCAUCCGUAGAAGGAGUUAUCCUGCUACCAUCAGCGAAUUAGAAAGAAACUCCUUGAACGGGAAGGAUGGCUCGAAGUUUUCCGUCGUGCGUGAGGAUGUAGUGUUCGUGUGGCUGGAACGGUGGAACUACGCCUACACGUAAUGCGUGGAUCGUCCACGCGAAACUAGUGAGAACUAAGAGGGAAGCAACAGCGAAGUGGCAGUGUUAUCCAUCCCACAGGGAUAACGCAGCACACAACGGCAGUGGCCAGUGCUGAAUGGUGUUGACGCACCUAUAGAAAGAUUCCCAACCAAAGUGAAAGUGGUCCUUGGUAGUGGCGUUCUCACUCCCGAACUCCACGUCCACCUGCACCGUCAGCACCUGUGCCGUGCGUAUCAGUGUCCAUCGAGCUCUUAUCCGAACCCGUGUGGGUGGUGUAUUAAGCGCAGCGGCGAGCGAGUGGUACGAUGGCAGGAGAUUUUUCGGGCUGCACCGCGCGGAAGAAAAAUCGGGCCCAAUCCAUCGAGUACAACCCGGUGAAGACGGAUGGGAGUGGAGAAAACUCGAAACAGCCCACAAACCCGCUGACCACCCGGAGCGGACUGCGGGUGUACAAGAUCGUCAUCCUGGGCGAUGGGGGCGUUGGAAAGUCGGCCGUCACACUCCAGUUCGUGAGCCAUAGCUUCCUGGACUACCACGAUCCGACGAUUGAGGACUCGUACCAGCAGCAGGCCGUCAUCGAUGGGGAAGCCGCCCUGCUCGACAUACUGGAUACGGCCGGCCAGGUGGAGUUUACUGCCAUGCGCGACCAGUAUAUGCGUUGCGGCGAGGGUUUCAUCAUCUGCUACUCCGUCACGGAUCGGCACAGCUUCCAGGAAGCGUCCGAGUAUCGGAAGCUGAUCGCACGGGUACGGCUGACGGAGGACAUACCGCUGGUGCUGGUGGCAAACAAGCUGGACCUGCAGUCCCAGCGCAAGGUCACGACGGAGGAGGGCAAAACGCUGGCCAAACAGUUUGGCUGCCCGUUCUACGAAACUUCGGCCGCCCUGCGCCACUACAUCGAUGAGGCGUUCUUCUCGCUCGUGCGCGAGAUACGGCGGAAAGAGGAACAGCGGGCCCUGAAUGGUGGCUCCAGCUCGGAAAAGAUACACCCAAGACGGCGCAGCCGCUGGUGGCGAUUACGGUCAAUAUUUGCCCUCGUCUUUAGACGCCGCCGAAAUGCUACCGGCAUCAAUCAGUAGGCAACCCAACUGAACGGGAAUCAUCGAAAUGGUGGUGUCAGGGAAAUGUCCAACCGUUCGGUUGGGAGGAUUAGAUGAGUCAUCCGCUCCGCGGAAUGGGAGGGAUCAGAUAAAAGCUGGUGGUGCUUUUGAAAAGCACGUUUUCACACGGUGUUCAGUUCAGGAUAGGUGUCGUUGUACUGCUGACAUUAUGUUCCAUCGAUAUGCGUCUGUCCUCUGGACUAUUUAUUUUUCUGUGGAUUCUUAGCCCCUUGGUGUAGUCCGUUGUAGUGUGUUCUAUUUGUAGCUAACGCUCUUCAAUCAACGAACAUCAAGCUUGUAGUUUCCCUGUAGACCCGGAAGAAAAGAACAAAAACUCCCAUACUAAAGAGGAAUGAUAGUUAUAUGUUGUAAUAAGUCCAUAGGACGCAACAGAUUGUGAAGGCAGGAUCAACGAAAUGAAGGGAAAACCCAAACAAUUGUUUUGCACACUUCCAAGCUUCGAAGAAGCAAACGAAUGGUAAGCAAACCUUCCUUGCUUAGGCUUUGUUGGAUGGACUAUAAUAGUUCCUUUUACAAAAAUAGUAUAUAAAUGUUUAUUUCAUUAUGUCCUUACCCAACUCGUCGAACACAGCAGCAGUUUAUAUAUGCAUUGCGUUGACGCGCAGUAUUAAGGAAUUGAGGUCGUUCAUUGUUGAUUGAGAAAUGCGCAAACAAAUCACUUUUGUUGUUUUUGACCAGUUUAAGGAUUUCUUUGAGAUUUCUCACUUUAAUUAAUUUAAGCUAAGCUUAGCUACGAUUUAGCUACAUUAUUAUUGAUCUGAAGCUAGUACAUAUGUUAACACAAAUCAACGAAUCUUUACAAAUGUUGUUUUUUCUUUGCGAUUGUUCACGAAGCGCGUCACCUUACAUUGCGAUAUGAUGGACGAAAGUACAUUCUAGGUUGAAUUUCUCUGUCUCAAGUAGGGAUUGGAAUAGAAAGUGCAUGAAUAAUUAGCAAAGCAUAAGAAGGAAAACAAAAGUGUAAUCCCAAAAGAAUCAUAGAAAGAGUUUACACAGUAUAGUGUUUGUAGCUCCGUAGUAUGGUUAGACUUAGUUUCGCAUCUUACCAUUCGCUGCAAGGUUUUACAAAUCUUCAUACCCUUCAUCGUUACAAGUAAGCAAAAGCCACAUUCAACCAGAAACUAGUGAGCCACUAGUCUGUUUCUGGUAAAUGUACUGAAACACACAUAACGGAACUCUACAACAAAAAACGAAACAAAACAAAACUACCAAAAAGCUAAACUAAACUUAUCUAACUAAAAUAUCUGUGAUGUAUGCCAAAACCAAGAAACUUUUAAUCUGCAUAUUUUUCUUCGAAA